AUGUGUCAUCAAUUAUGUUUUGGACUGGGCCGGGCUGGCCCAAAAGCAAGGAUGAAGGCCCAAUCCAAACGGUCUUGUAGAGGGUCGCGCCGAUCAAGAAGCUACAAUCGUGCCCGACACUAUCCGCUAGUACGACAUCCUCGACUUCAUGCAGUCCCGCUCGACCUCAGCUCGAGCGCCCCUCGUAGGGCAGACUAUGACCAUUAUGUCAUCACUUGGAUUCCGAAAAGACCGCGUCCUCGUCCGUCCGUACUUCUCGCAGAACACCCAGGAAGGAGACCACGUGCGGGUCCCCACUACACACGUAGAACCUGGCAGUUCCUUCAUUGGGCCAAAUCUGUCCGGUCCAAUGAAUGGGACCUUGGCCCAGCGCUGUGGGCUAUAAAUACCCUCUGUUCCCAGAGGGUCAUGUAUUCAUUCUCUUACCCAUACUCAUACUUUUUGCCUGCUCGUACUCUCACUCACUUUAGCAUCGGAGUGCCCUGCAGGUAUCCCCCCAUCUCGUUCAACUUCAGUUCGGAGUCAGUCGUGACGGUCCAAGUCUGA